CUGACAGGGGAGAAAUCCCGAGUCACCUGUGACCUCAAGGUCAAGAUCAAGCAGAAAUUUGGCUCCAACGCGCGAGAAGGGGCGGCGGCGGCGCCUCCCUGUGCUGACGGCCUCACCUGCUGGGUCCUCAGCCUGCGGCACGGGUGAGUUGUGAGGAGAACAAGAAUGAGAAAGAAGAAACCAACAUUGAAUGAGAAGAAAGUGAAAGGAGGGAGUGGCAGAGCAAGAUGGAGCUGAGGAAAGAGACACCAGACAAGGAUGUGAGAAACAGAGACCAGGCCCGGCACCACUACCCCGGCCUGUGCCAUGCCUGCACUGCUGCUCCCACACGGCAGUGGCCCCUCCGCCGCUGUGCACAGUGCCACUUAGUGAUGUACUGUAGCAGGAGGUGCCAACGGAAUGACUGGCCCUCACAUAGGUCCUUCUGCCUGGUACACAAAGUGGUGGGUGGCCGCGGAGUCCUGGAGGCAGCAGCAGCAGGAGGGAGCCAGCAGGGAAGUGUGGCCUCUGUGAAGCAGCAGCAGCAAGAGUUUCUUGGCAGCCAGCGUGUGGCAGCCAGCCUGGCCCUGGGGCGGCGGCUGUGGCCACACGAGGCGGAGGCCCUAGUGUACCCACGGCUCUGUGAGGUGUGUGGGGGGGUGGGGGAAGCCGGGGAAGGGUCAGGGAUGUGUUGUGGGGUGUGUCAUUGUGUUUACUACUGCAGCGAGCGGCACCGUGCCACAGACAGGGCCAGGCAUGGCCACUGGUGUGACCUGUACUCCCUCUGUGUGUUGUGUGACCGCUGGCUGGCCACCACUGCCACCACUACUUGUCUGGCCCUACCUGCAGCUCUGGACAAAGAGUACCGGCCACUCCCUCCCUCCAUGGCAACCCACUUGGCAGUGGCGCUGGGUCAGGACAGGGCCAGGGAACCCGCUGUAGCGGCCUUUUUGUCUGAGCAACUUACCUUCCCCCUGACGGCCCAAUAUGUCCUGGAGAGCAUGUUGCCAGGCCUGGCCAGGGCUCGGCAGCUCAGCCUGCACCUGGUGGGCGCUGAGGAUGGCCACGAGCCUAGCACGGGUGUCGUGUGGGAGUACCUCCUGCACCGGCUGCCCUGCCUCACGCGGCUCCAUGUUUUGCUGGUUGGGCCGCAGCUCACGAUCUUGGAGGGGCCGCAUGAGGCACUGCUGUGCCAGCAGUGUCAGGAGAAUGGCCGACAGCUUGUCUUAGAGGGCCGAAAAUGCCUCUACCACCAGUUUAUGGCCGAGGCCACCACUGGCCCUCCAGACCUGCGUUUAGCUUUCAACUGUGGCUUCCAUGAAUGGGCCGGAGCCAUGGAUGACACAUGGCCGCCCUCGCUGGCCCUCAUGGUGGCCGACAGCACACCUCUGGCCUUCACCUCAUACGUGUGCCACGAGGCCGAGCAAGAUUUGUUGGCUGUGCAGGAGGUUGCGAGGUCAGAGCUGGAGGUGGUAACAGCUGGUCUCAACCCCUACCACAGCCUGAGGCCCCUGAGAGACUGGGCCAGGGAGGAUGGCCAGCAGCUAUACCACAAUAACCAGUACCUGACUGUGGUGCGAGGUGGCCGGGCAGCCAUGGCCACUGCUACAGCCUGAGGCUGUUGGCAGCAGUGUGGUCUGGCCACCCAGGACACGGCCUCACCACCGGCACCUACAAAAAGAUCUUGACCUCUUCAGUUGUCAGGAAUAUUUUAAUGUUCAAAACAAUCCCCACAAAACUGAUGGUAUAAUCUAUUUUUAUAUUUUUAUACCUAGUACAAACUCCACUCAAUAACUUCCUGCUUUGACAACCAGUCAUCCCCAUCAUUCCAUGCAGGAAGUGUUCUUGCCUCUUUGAAUAUGUACAAGAAUGAGGCAAGCUCGUGAUGUCCUGUUUUUUAUCAUGCUCUAUCUCGUGUGUGUGUGUGUGUGUGUGUGUGUGUGUGUGUGUGUGUGUGUAUUUACCUAGUUGUAGUUUUACAGGGCUUGGGCUUACGCUCGUGUGGUCCCAUCUCCAUAUCUGUAUUUUUCCAACUUUUCCUUAAAGUUUUCCACACUCUUUGCCGAUACUACAUCCUCACUUAGUCUGUUCCAAAUCUCUAUGUUUCUUUGCAGGAAGCUAUAUUUCUUUAUGUCUCCCAAGCAUCUUCCUUUCCUCAAUUUUUUACUGUGUCCUCGUGUGUUGCUGGUGUUUAUUCCUUCUCUUAGUAGUAACUCCUCGUUAUCUACUUCUUCCAUUUUGCUCAAUAAUUUAUAUAUUUGUAUUAGGUCUCCCCUUUCUCUUCUUUGUUCCAGUGUUGAUAGGUCCAUUUCCUUUAAUCUUUCCUCAUAUGUCAGUCCUUCCUGUUCUGGAACCAUUUUUGUUGCCAUCCUUUGUAUUCUUUCUAGUUUUUUUAUGUGUUUCUUUUUAUGGGGAGACCACACAGUUUCCGCAUAUCCCAAUUUUGGUCUAAUCAUAGUGAUUAUUAACUUUUUCAUCAUAUCUUUAUCCAUUUAGUGGAAUGCUAAUCCUAUAUUUCUCACCAUUUUAUACGUAUCACCGAAUAUCCUAUUAACAUGACUCUCAGGCUGAGGCUGUUGAUUAUCUUGUAUUGUCACUCCCAGAUCUCUCUCCUUGAACUUUCUUUAAUAUUUUUCCAUCUCCCAUUUUAUAUGUCCAUUUCGGUCUCCCUUCACUCUUUCCCAUUUCCAUUACAUGACAUUUCUUCACAUUGAAUUCCAUCUCCCAUUUAAUACUCCAUUUCCAAAUCUUGUUCAGGUCCUCUUGCAGAAUUUCACAGUCUUUACUGUUUCUUAUAAUAAUUAUGUCCUAGCAGUUUUUCAUCAUCUGCAAACAGGCUCAUAUAACUGUUUACUCCCUCUGGCAUAUCAUUUACACGUACAGUCAAGUUGCGUAUGAUGCGGAUUCGUAAGGCGCGGUUUCCUAUGACAUGGUAUUGCUUCAGAACCGUAUGUUCAGAUCACGCGGGUAAAACCAUCUUUGACAUGGUUCGUGGUCUCCCUGCCCGGACCGCUCCGGGUCCUCUCAAACGCGUGACGCUGCAGCCCGAGU